GCGUCGAUGCUAACGGCGUUAGCGCCGGGUGGGACCGCUGUUUCGACUCAAUUCAGAUCAGUGCGUCUUCGUUUUCGACUGCGGACUGACAUCAGUAUGAAUAUUGAUUAAUUAUCUGUCUUCGAUGGAAUAUUCGCGCAGGAUAUUGAUAGGUUAGUCAGUGCUUAUUUGCUUGUUGGAGCUAGCCGGGCUAGCCAGCUAACUGCGCUGCUGGCCCACAGCUGGGGUGCGGACUGACUGCGGGGGACGCAAGGGGAGACCAAUGACCGAGGAUCAAAACAGAGUAUUAUAUUGAAGUUUAAUGCUCUGUUUAAUGCCAGCUCGCUGUUAGUUAGUCUUAGUUUCAAAAAAAGAGUUCAGACGAGCCACAUAAUAGAGGUGGUGAGUUGGCUUCGCCCAGCUAUGCCAAGUGCCAAUUACUGAGAGGGCAGUCUGAGCUCCACUAGCUUUCUCCAGAGGACUUGGCUUUGUGCAAUAGUUUAUUUAUUGCUGGAUUAAGUAAAUCAAAAAAGCAAGAAUGGCUACGGCUAGCAGCAUUGCUGCCUCGAUUGCGAGUAAAACGAAAACGAAGAAAAAACACUUCGUGGCUCAGAAAGUCAAGCUGUUUCGUGCCAGCGACCCUCUGCUUAGUGUGCUGAUGUGGGGAGUCAACCAUUCGAUAAAUGAGCUGAGCCAUGUUCAAAUCCCCAUCAUGCUGAUGCCUGAUGACUUCAAGGCCUAUUCUAAGAUCAAGGUGGACAACCAUCUAUUUAACAAGGAGAAUAUGCCAAGCCAUUUUAAAUUUAAAGAGUAUUGCCCUCUGGUUUUUCGAAAUUUGAGAGAGAGGUUCAGCAUCGACGACCAGGACUUCCAGAACUCUCUGACCCGCAGUGCGCCCCUGGUCAGCGAGGCUCAAGGCCGCAGUGGCGCUCGCUUCCACACCUCCUACGACAAGAGGUACGUCAUCAAGACCAUCAGCAGCGAGGACGUGGCCGAGAUGCACAACAUCCUUAAAAAGUAUCACCAGUUUAUUGUGGAAUGUCACGGUACCACUCUUUUGCCUCAGUUUCUGGGUAUGUACCGCAUCACUGUCGACGGAGACGAAACCUACAUGAUCGUUACCCGCAACGUCUUCAGUCACCGUUUGUCUGUGUACAAGAAGUAUGACCUGAAGGGAUCUACUGUUGCUAGAGAGGCCAGUGACAAAGAGAAGGCCAAGGAGCUGCCCACAUACAAAGACAAUGACUUCAUCAAUGACGGCCAGAAAAUAUACAUUGAUGAGGAAAACAAGAAGAUUUUCCUUGACAAGCUGAGGAAGGAUGUAGAAUUCCUGGCCCUGCUGAAGCUGAUGGACUACAGUCUGUUGGUGGGGAUUCACGAUGUGGAGCGGGCAGAGCAGGAAGAGGUAGAGAGUGAGGAUAAUGAAGGAGAUGAUGAAGGAGAGAGUGAUGGAGGGAUUGUGGGAACCCCCCCAGACAGCCCCAGUAACACUCUGGACAGCACCAAGCCCCUGUCGCCUGGAGACUUUGAUCCCACCAUCGACGUCUACGCUAUUAAGAGCCAUGAAAACUCCCCAAGGAAGGAGGUCUACUUCAUGGCUGUGAUCGACAUUCUGCAACAUUAUGAUGCCAAGAAGAAAGCAGCUCACGCAGCCAAGACAGUCAAGCAUGGAGCUGGGGCGGAGAUUUCCACCGUGAACCCGGAACAGUACUCGAAGAGAUUCUACGACUUCAUCACCACCAUCCUGCCCUAACCUGGGGCAGAGCCAAGCAGAGUCCAUGGGGUCAAAGAGGGAUGCUAAGGGAGGGGUGCUGAAAUGUGCUCACUCCUUCCGUGGCAGGGGUCACCCUUACAGCAGCUACAACCACCAUUCGUUUACAUUUUUCAUUUUUCUUUGUUUUUUUUUGUUUUUUUUUGU